AUGACGGUGUCCUGCGCGCCGUACGUCGCCCGUUGCUUUCACCCCGAAAAGCGCUUUUCUUGGCGCCUGGUCGGGGUCCUUCUGGUGGCCCCAGUGCUCCUGCUCUCUCUGAACUCCGAUGCCUGUGGUGAGCCACCAAAAUAUGAAACUAUGUUCCUCAGGAGUGCCCUUAAAAAAUAUUAUGAAGUUGGGGAGGAUAUAUUGUAUGAGUGUCUCCCAGGAUACAUAGCUAUGAGCUCUGUCGUGACUUACUGUGAGCAAAAUCACUCAUGGUAUCCUAUUGAAGAAGCUUGUUACAGGAAAGAAUGUAAAACUCCAGUACUCAAAAAUGGCGAAGUCUAUGCCCCAAAUAACUCCUUUCAAUUUGAAAAUGCAGCUCACUUUUUUUGUAAUGAGGGUUAUUACUUAUCUGGAAAACAAGCUGUAGUUUGUCACCGUCGUGGAGAUGAUGUGUAUUGGGGUGACGAAUUACCAACAUGUAAUAAGAUUUACUGUAAUCCACCUAAAAGAAUAAAAAAUGGAAAAUACAGCAAUAGUCACAGAACUCUAUUUGAAUAUAAUGAAUUGAUUACUUUUACUUGUAAUCCUUCAAAUGGACCAGAUGAAUUUUCCCUUGUUGGAGACAGCAAACUUAUUUGUAUUGACAAUAACAAGUGGAGUAGUAGCCCUCCUCAGUGUAAAGUGGUCAAAUGUGAAUAUCCAGUACUUGAACAUGGAAGAAUGGUAUCAGGAAUCAACAACAAAUAUUCCUACCAAGCUACGGUUCUAUUUGAAUGCUUCCCAGGCUUCUAUCUGAAUGGCAGCAACCCAGUAUUCUGUGGUGGGAAUAGUACUUGGGAGCCUGCGAUGCCAAAAUGUAUCAGAGGUUUCAAACCUACUUAUCCAACCAAACCUCCAGUUUCAAAGUACCCAGGCUAUCCCGAGCCCAGUGACCGACUAACACUUGAAGACUUUGAGGAAUUAGAUGCAGGCAUCAUCGCUGUGAUUGUUCUUACUCUUCUUGUUGGCCUUGCCGUACUUUGCACCUGCCUGUAUAGAUGUUUUCAAAGGGGAGAGAAAGGGUAAAUAAAAGCAUGUUCUUCUAACUCAUGGUCCUGCUCACUCUUGACAUCCUUUCGUGCAGCACUUCUGUUUGUCCCGCAUACCGCGUUUUCGGAAACUGUGCCUGCAUGAGCGCCUCAUCCGUUUGCUUGUGUUUACUGGAACAGCCUUGGGCUGCUCUUACCGUCCCUGCAGUCAGAGGGCUCGCUGCAGAGUGGCUGCAGCUGUUAGGGCUGCAAGAAACGUUUUGGUGGGAUUUGAGAUUUAAGUUGUGUAGCAAAUCAUGGACCUAGGUUUACCCUGCGUCCUACAUUGGACUAGUGGCCAAGAUUAAAUUUAGAACCGCCCACGGUGG